CGGUCGCGCCGCCACAGGGUCAUCGGUCGAACGAGGAUCUGAAGGCUGAAAGGGCUGUUUUGGCGGUUGAGGACACGUCUCACUAGAGAGCAUCCUCGACGGCUGAGAUGCGCCGUGACCGCUGGCGUCUCUAUCACUAGGUGUUGAGGACGAACGACAAUCACGCCUUGUGAGGGGGUACGCUGUCAGAUUAUGACAGAUACCUCCUCCGUCGUCGCAACCACGCAUUCCACCACGGACCCGUACCCGGUCGCCGGCCCUCUGAACUCUCCCGUCCCGAACGGUGCCGUCUCUGACUCCGUGCCCCCCGGGGAAGAUGAACCGUACACUAUCAAGUGCAUCUGUGCCUUCCAAGAUGACGAUGGUAAUACGGUCUUCUGUGAGCGGUGCGAGACGUGGCAGCACAUCGAGUGCUACUACCACGGUCGGGACGUGCCCGAGGUCCAUAACUGCGUGGACUGUGAGCCGCGGCCUAUCGAUGCCAAACGUGCCACAGAACGCCAGAGGCGCCUCCGAGAGCAGAGCGAGGCUGGCGACCGCAAAUCCAAACGAUCGGGCCCCAAGAGCCACAAGAAGAAAUCCAAGGACCCGGAACACGUAAAUGGCUUCCAUCAGCGGAGCGAGUCGGGUGUUCGAGAUCAGCCGCCCACCAAAAAAACCAAGACCAGUCACCGACCCUCUGUCUCGGUCAGCUCGCUGCCAGGAACGGCCGUCCUGCAGCCAGAUUCUCGCAAGCGCUCAGGAUCGAUGGCGGCGAUGAGUCCAACCAAGGCGCCCGGUCCGUCAAUUCCUCUGUACUCAAACGAAUUUCUCCAUCUCUACCAACGCGACCAGGAGCCCAUCCAUAUGGAAGGCAAUCUCUUUGUCAACCUCACGCUCGCAGCCGAUCUGGCCUCGUGGGUCAAGGACCCAUCUGCCCUCUCGCGGGUGGUCAAUGGACGCUCCCCGCAGGACAUCUUCACCCGGUCGGAUGCAUCGCUCGAGUCUUCCCGGUGGCCUCAUCUGUCAAAGGAGUCGAUCACGGACACCAAUUUCGAACAAGAUGGGCUCCACCCGACCUGGAGGGUGCUGAAAACUGACAAUGAGGUUCGCAAGGACGAGAUCGUGGGCGAGGUGCGCGGUAAGAUCGGUCUCCUCCGCGACUACUGUCUGGACCCCAGCAACCGAUGGCAGGAACUGCGCCAUCCGGAACCCUUUGUCUUCUUCCAUCCUCAACUCCCCAUCUACAUUGACAGCCGAGAAGAAGGGACCAUGCUCCGGUACAUCCGUCGAUCGUGCCGCCCGAAUGUAACCAUGAAGACGUUCAUCACCAACGAGGUUGAAUAUCGGUUCUGCUUCGUUGCUAACCAAGAUAUCCCGCCGCAAUCCGAGAUCACCGCGAUGUGGUACCUAGAUCCUCAGCUGUUUGAAUCGACCAACGGUCUGGUGAAGCAGGAGUCGAAUGACGGUCGCCAGGAAGCAGCCGCCAUCUGCAUCAGCAAUGUGCUAGCUCAUUUUGGUGGCUGCGCGUGCGACUCCUCUUCUCAGCCGUGUCUACUGUCCAACGUCGAUCUCCGCCGUUAUCCCAAGGCGAUUGACUCCAGCGGGAAACAGGCGAACGGCAGACGCAAGAAGGCCAAGAGCAAACCGCACUUGUCACCUGCCGCCACUGGACGAGCUGACAGUGAGGGUGUCAAGAAUCAGGACGACGAUGAUAUGGCUGACGGGCGAUCCACUUCAGGGUCGACGCGUGGUCAUGCUCGAAGCCGUGACGAGACCCCUACGAUGCAGUCACCAAAUGACCUGGGUGACACAGAACUCUCCGCCCGCGAUAAGCGGAAGAUCGCCGCUGUCGAGAAGAAGUUCGAGCAGCUCGAGCACGAUCAGCACACGCAUCAACGGAAGAAAAAGCGUAGUACACACUCAGCUCAAACGACCCCAACUGUCGCCAGUUCAAAACAGCACGGAUAUUUCCCUAGCACGACCGGCCGUCAGUCUCGCUCUCCUCCUUUUCACUUAUCACCGGGAGCCUCUUCUGUCGGGCGCAUAGGCUCGCCGAGGAAAAGCUCCGGCUCUAAUACUCCCACACGAUCACCUCUCGCCCCUCGCCAAUAUGUCGACUCUGCUAUGCAGACCGAUCCCGACGAGAAUGAUGUGCGGUUUGUUCCCCCAGUAUCGACGCCACGUCGACACAGCUUCGUUCCUCUUACCCAGCGGCUGCUGAAGCGAUGCCAUCAAGAUCGCGUCAAGCUGGAAGAGUUGGGCAAGCAGCGGGAUAUCACCACAGUCCCAACGACGGGCACGCAUUAUCCUAGCUCUCCCUCUGUGAGCGUUGAUGAUACUGCUUCUAAGGCGCACAGUGAAAAAGACGAUGUGGAGAUGAGGGAUGCUGACACGGCGAUGACUCCGCCGCCCAAGCCUCGCACGUCGGAGGCUGGAGAUGGCGUCUCGAGGGCAGAGUCGAGUUCGGUCUCUCCCAGCGUCUCGGAGGAAACCCCGAAACCGCCUCAAACCCCGUGGCCUUCAACUGCUGCGCACAACUCACCUAUCCUGACCAACGGCGCUCGUUCCGCUCUCCGCGUGCAGCUCCCUCCCACCAAUCUCCCUGCUGCACCCUUUGUGAACACUCCCGGGUCGGCUGUCUCGUCUGUUCUUCCAUCACCUUCGGGCUUGGACUCGGCCCUGUCGCAAGCUGGUUUGCAUACUCCGGGAUCCGGUGUCACUGCUCCUAGUCCUGUAAAGAAGAAGCUAAGUCUAGGCGACUAUCUCAGUCGGAGAGGGAUCACGACGCCUACUACUGAGAAGAGCCAGACGACUGCAAUGCUGCCGCCACAGAAAUCGCCUUCUUCACAGGCGCCAGCUGGUAGUAGUCCACCUCUGUCGACGGAAGGGGCCCAGACACACCCCGAACCGGCGUUAAAAACUGAUACCCCUCGCCGCGAGAGUCCGGGCCCGCUUGAUGUGCCCAUGAAAGAUGUCCCCAAACCGCCUCCAUCCCCUCCUUACGUCUCCUCCGUUCCUCCUACAUUACCGACCCAACCGAGUGUUUCGCCGUCGUGAUGCUUUCUUGCGGUCCAUGUUUCAUGGUUUCAUGAGAUCAUCCGUCUAUCGAUUUCCUUCGAAAACAAAAGAUUUGAUUAUGUAUCGUCUGUUGUAUGUGCUUCACUGGGAACGGCGUUUCACCUCAGCAAAGGGUUUCUUCGAGUGGGAAAAAGGCGUAAUGUGUGUGGUUUAUGGGUUACGGAGAUUCAGGUCUGGAUCCUUGAAAGGAACUUUGUUUUUUUUGGGGGGGGGGGG